AAAUCACAAAUUCGUAGCGUAGCAGACGAAACGCCGAACUCUCUAGAGAGCUGUCUACGUGGAGUUACGCGCGAUAAAUAUCUUUUCCCGCGACGGCGUCCUCCCCAGAGACAGAUUGAUCGAAACGAGGUGAAGAAGCGGAGACAAGCAGAAACCGGCGACCGGUUCGGGAAAAUUUUCAGGACUUUCGACCAUUUUUCGGCUCUCGUCCCUCCGGAUUCGAAAGUUCGUUUUUCACGUGGAAGUUUUCGUCUUGCUUCUGCCCAUUUCUUUGCUGUUUCCGUUUGUUAUAUAUUUCCUUUUAUCACUAUCGUUUGUCCAAAUUCCCUAAAUUAGGCAAUAUCUCUGUUCGGUAUUUCUGCUGUUUAAAGCUUGAUUGUUGGUCUAGUUUAUUUCUUUUGAUUUUUGGGGCAACUUUUGAAUGGGAGUCUAUUUAACUGCAGUAUCUGAGAUUUAGUGGCUUGUCUCCUGAUGAAGGUUAGCAUCUUGGUUCGUAGGUUUAGUGUUUUGUUGAUGAUCACGAUUAUGGAGAUGUAUUAAGUAACGGUGUUCGGCUUACUGGAUGAGAAAUGGGGACAAAGACAGUAUUAGCAUUCUAAGGAUAAUGUGCUUAAUUUUUGCUAGGAAGUACUUUUUCUUUUCCGGUGCGUUCCUCAGCUUUGGGUUUUGGAAAAAAAAAGGAAGGGUUUUAGCCAUGGUUUAAAAGAGUUAUACAUUGUUUAUGAACGUGAAUUAAGGAAGAACGAGAAUUUCCGAAGAUUCUUAUGUUUGGGACUUUUCCCUUUGUUGCUGAUAUAUUUAUCGUGGAAAAGCGGAGAAGUUCUGAGGUAUCAGCCGUUUGACCUGCAUACUUUAUUCAAUUACCUUGGCUAACCUUCAGGAAUGCACAGGUUUGGGCCGGUUCCUGAUUCAAGAUUUGACACGUUCAAGUUAAUCUAUCUGUUUUUUGUCUUUAUUAUCGGUUGCAGUAUGUGAGAAUGCUGGGCCUUCGUAUGGAUCAUCUUGCUAAAAUGAUCUGUCUUAAAUGAACUCCCACUCUGAACGAUUCAAAUUCGUGCGUGUUGGGCGUUUAUGCUACUUACGUGCCAAAGGGACUCAAUGAAUCGGUCGAAUUGUGCACAAGAGUGGUUCCAUUAGCUUUUUUAGCAUAAUUCAUAUGUAGCAUUCAUGCGUUGUGUAUGGAUGGUUGUCAGUUAUACUAGAUCAGGAUGCAACUUUUCUUGUCUGAUAAGCUUUUUAAAGACAGCCAAAAGGUUCCAAUUUCUGCCCCUUGUCUUAGAAUUCACGUCAGCAAGUUAAUCAGCUACACAGUAUCGUUCAUGAUGCAGUCAAAUAGGCACGUUUGGUUGAUGAGGCACAUGUUAAGCUUCAUGAGUUUGUUUGUCAAAGAUGUAUUGUUUGUCCAUGUGAACCAUACUUGCUGAAGUAGUAUUGGAGAAGAAUCUAUAGCGACGACUGAUCACAGUUCAUCACUUUUAUGUUUAGAUGCCAUGGCUAAUUACGAUAUAGCUUUGUUCCUCAUAACAUGUAUGCUGAUUUCUAGGUUCAUACAUUUAGCAAGCUUGUCCAAUAGGAUAUGCUUUAUGAUAUCCUUGCAUAUGACUCCCUUAACACGACCAGGCUUAUGGAUUUAUUCUUGUUGUCUUUCUUGAAGGUUAACUUCUGCAGCUGAGAUGAAGUAAUAUUAUGUAGCUUACAAGUUGGUUUAAGAGCUUACUAAUCAAUGCGUGUACUGCAGACAAUACUUUGAUUUAACCUUAUAGGUUUUAAUGAAAUCCUCAUGUGUCAAACAUAGCGUAUACUUUUAUUUGUAUCAGUUCUGUUUUGUGCGUGCAAAACUUAGGGUUUUAAUGCUUUUGUGCAAGCCCUUUGUUGUCUGAAAAAAGAGGAUAUGGGAUAAGCUAAGGCAAGUAUGCACUGCUAUUAUUUACGCGAUUACAACUGGUUUUCUAUUUGAUGGAACUUCACACCUUUACUUCUACUCAGUUAUUAAUGCCAAUCCUGCACAUUUCUGGGCUUUCUCCAGUUAUGUGCUCUGGGGAGUUUUUUACCACAAAAAAUUUGUCACUUAAAAUGCGAACAUGUGAAUCCUAGGUCAGGUCUCGGAAUCUCAUCCUUGUUCGCUCUGUAGAUUAGUGGCUUUUUCUCUUCAACAGCCUAGAGUAAGUUGGUGUCAGCAUUUUGAAGGUUGAACACUGAGUUACAAAAUCUUCAAUAUAAUCUUUUUCUUCCCCAUCAGAGAAGCCAUGCUAUCAUCAAUGCCAUACUUAUGUUAAUAUUUUCAUAAUGACAAAGAGUUACAUGGUUGUCAGUUUUCACCACCAUCAAUGACCUGAUACAUCAUUGUGACAUUAUUAAAGAAACAUUGAUCUGGAGGUAGCCCCAAACUCACCUGAAGGUAGGUUUUCACCAACUUGCUGGUCCAUAUGGUGCCUCCAUUCAUAAUCUUCUCAAAACUUAAUCCCUUCCUUUUCUUCUAGACUUUCUUCACAUGUGCUUGAUAUUCUGAUGUAUUUCUUUUACCAGAAGCUGGACGAACGAACUCGGUGCACAUUUUAGUUCACUUCAGGCGAUUGCUUUCUAAUUUACAGAGUUAUUGAAGCAAUCAAGUGUUCAUGCUGCAAUGUCCGCUUGCUACAAUAGAAAUGUCGAAACUGCUAAUCAAAUUUGGAGAAUCAGGAAUUGGUACCUCAUGUUUAUUAAUUGGGGUUUUCUGAAUCAUGUUCUGAUGAAUCGUGUUCGAAGUAUUGUUGCUGAUUGGAGCUGUCAACUUUGUUCGAUUAUGUGCUGACUUUAAUUGGCUGCAGCAGUAUCCGGAAAUCAGCAAUUUCAUGUGAUGUGUUCCUGUAAUGGGGCAGCUUAACUCAAUGCUAUGGGGCAUUCGGGCACGUUACCUAACAUCUUUUCACAUGCAGGUGUUCUGAGUUUGUAGUGAUUGCUUUGCUGUGCCAAUUUGAAGCUGAUAUCCAGCAAAAUGGGUACUAUAUGUCAUUCUGUUGGAAGCAAUGAUGUUGAUACUGGGCCGGAUGAAGAAAACAGAGACACGGUUCCAUGCUUAAAGGAGUCAGUUUUGGAAGGCACUUACAAUUCACAACCAAGAGAAAAUGGUGCAGAAAAAAAUGAUAAUUCAGAUAAUGGAUACAUGCAUUAUGGGUGCCAUCAUUAUAGACGAAGAUGCCGCAUAAGGGCUCCUUGUUGCAAUGAAAUCUUCGAUUGCAGACACUGUCACAACGAAGUAAAAAACUCUAUCAAUGUUGAGAGUUCCCACAGACACCAGCUUCCUCGUCAUCAAGUGAAGCAGGUUAUCUGCUCCCUUUGCAAUACUGAACAGGAGGUUCGGCAAUUUUGUAUUAAUUGUGGUGUCUGCAUGGGGAAAUAUUUCUGUGACAUAUGCAAGUUCUAUGAUGAUGAUGUGUCAAAGAAACAGUAUCACUGCAAUGGAUGCGGAAUAUGCAGAACGGGUGGUGCUGACCAGUUUUUCCAUUGUUUCACAUGUGGCUGCUGUUACUCUAUUGUAUUGAAGAACAGCCAUCCUUGUGUGGAAAGAGCAAUGCAUCAUAAUUGCCCUGUCUGUUUUGAGUACCUUUUUGACUCCACGGAUAAUGUUGUAGUUCUUCCCUGUGGACACACCAUUCACAUGGACUGUUUGAAAGAAAUGCAACAUCACUUGCAGUAUGCAUGUCCUUUGUGCUCGAAAUCCGUGAUGGAUAUGUCAGAAGUAUGGGAAAAGCUUGAUACGGAAAUUGCAUCUAUGCCAAUGCCUGAAUCUUAUCAAAACAAGAGGGUAUGGAUUUUAUGCAACGAUUGUGGAGCAACCUCCCUAGUCAAUUUUCACUUUGUCGCGCAGAAGUGCUUGAACUGCAAGUCGUAUAAUACGCGUCAGACUGGAGGUGCUAGCCCAUCGUCCGCAUCAUGCUCCAGCUGAAGCUUUGGAUCUCCUCCUUUCAGGGAACCGGUUCUUGUUGUAAAUAAACAAUGAAAUUUGUUGCAAUUGUUUGCAAUUUGAAGAGCCGGGUUUGUUGCUUCCUUUAGAUUCUUCUAUUUGUGCUCGCAACUUUCGACCAAUUCGUGAAGUUUGCAGAUGGGUUCUUCA